UCACGGAUCAUCGGAUGCUGUCGGCAUUUUCCGUCGCAGCCCGGACGGCUAGCCAAGGUGGUUAGCCUGCUACCAGCUAAUGUUUGUGGGAUAUUUAACGUUUCGGUGGAGUGGAUGGUAAAAAUAGUGUAGGAAAAACAUGGCGGACGUCGAGGGACAAGGAAUUUGUUCAUCGGUCCCUCCUUUGCCGCACUCUUCUUCACGUAACGGCUCCAGUGGCAGUACACCGGGCACCGGCGGCAGCUGCCAGAUGACAACCACCGUUACAUCAGGCCCACGACUAGUACGAAUAGUCAAGUCCGACUCGGGCUAUGGUUUCAAUGUCCGGGGACAAGUUAGUGAAGGAGGGCAACUACGGAGCAUUAACGGGGAGCUGUACGCCCCGCUGCAGCAUGUUAGUGCUGUUUUACCGGGAGGUGCAGCCGACAGAGCCGGUAUUUCGAAGGGAGACAGGAUUCUGGAGGUUAACGGGGUGAAUGUGGAGGGGGCGACCCAUAAGCAGGUGGUGGACCUGAUCAGGGCUGGGGAGAGGGAGCUGGUGCUGGCUGUGCUGUCUGUCCCACCUCAGGAGGCUGACUGUCUGGACCCAGGAGACGACGGCUCGGCCCAGUCCUGCUACGACUACUCCGACAAGCAGGCCGUCCCCAUCUCUGUCCCCACAUACAAACACACUGAGCUCAACCAGGAAAAGUUUGUGGUGUAUAAUGUGUACAUGGCAGGCAGACAGUUGUGCUCCAAGCGCUACCGGGAGUUCGCCAUCCUGCACCAAAACCUGAAGAGGGAGUUUGCAAACUACACGUUCCCUAAGCUGCCUGGGAAAUGGCCUUUCUCCCUGUCGGAGCAGCAGCUGGACGCACGGCGCAGAGGCCUGGAGGAGUACCUGGAGAAAGUGUGCUCUGUGCGGGUCAUUGGAGAGAGUGACAUCAUGCAGGAGUUCCUGUCAGAAUCGGAUGAGAAUUACAAUGGUGUGUCAGAUGUGGAGUUGAGGAUAGCCAUGCCUGAUAAGACCACGCUCAUCGUUAGAGUCCGUAAGAACUCCACUACAGACCAGGUCUACCAGGCUGUUGUAAUGAAACUUGGGAUGGACAGUGUAACAGCCAGCUACUUUGCUCUAUUUGAGGUCAUCAAUCACACCUUUGUGCGUAAACUUGCCCCCAAUGAAUUCCCCCACAAGCUGUAUGUCCAGAACUACACUUCAGCCGUCCCUGGAACCUGCCUCACUCUACGCAAGUGGCUCUUCACUACAGAGGAGGAGAUCUUACUCAACGAUAACCAGCUUGCCGUCAACUACUGCUUUCACCAGGCUGUGGAUGAUGUGAAGAAAGGCUUCAUCAAAGCAGAGCAGAAGUCCUACCAACUGCAGAAGCUUGCUGAGCAGAAAAAGAUGACCAUGUAUUUGAAUUUAUUAAGGGGUUGUGAGGGCUACAAUGAGAUCAUAUUCCCCCACUGUUCCUGUGACUCCAGACGUAAGGGCCAUGUCAUCACGGCCAUCAGCAUACACCACUUCAAGCUGCACGCCUGCACAGAGGAGGGAACACUAGAGAAUCAGGUGAUUGCAUUUGACUGGGGCGAGAUGCAGCGGUGGGACACAGAUGAAGAAGGCAUGGCCUUCUGCUUUGAGUACGCACGGGGAGAGAAGAAACCACGCUGGGUCAAAAUCUUUACACCUUAUUUUAACUACAUGCACGAAUGCUUUGAGAGAGUCUUCUGUGAGCUGAAGUGGAGGAGAGAGGUGGAAGAGGAGGCCACAGACAAGGACAAUAAGAACUGCAGUAAAGAUGAAUAUCUUCCAGCUGUUGAGGCACAGAAGGGAUGGAGGCACCUAGGAGGAGAGAUCAUCACCUCUUAGCUACACGUCCUCAUCUUCAGCUCAGCUCAGCUUGGAUCAGCUCAGCUCAGUUUGGCCCUCAUCUAGCCCCAGAACCCCACAAGACUCAGCUAUUAACUACAUGGUCAUCAUUUACACUCCAGCAACUGCAAACCAAGAAGCUGCACCAUUACGUACAAACCAACAAACAACUGCAAAUGAACAAAAUUACUCAAACGGAAGCAUAAACAGCCACAAACUCAUGAACCAGAACUCUCCAGUCCACACUCAUCAUAAACAUACAUGAGGCAGAGCUCUGUCAGAAGGAAAUUAGUCCUAUACACUUGAACUCAUGGAUUCAUAUAAGUCCUCUUGUCACUGGCAGGGACUUGAAGUAGAAUGUGACUAUUACUUUGAAGGGUCUGAUCCCGCUCUGCAGGAGGCCUACCUGAAGAGAGAGCUGAGGAGAAGGAAAUGCAACUGUUGCAGGACUGACAUGGGAAAAUGAAACUGUUACUGGUCACAAAGGGGAACACAGACAAGGGGACUGAUAAGAGAUACUUGCAGUCUCUCCAGAUUGAACACAGAAUGACACUAAGCCUCUCAGUUUAUGGAAUAGAGCAGCAGUGUCCCCUCUGUCUGUUUGACCAGUUAAAAGCAGUUGUAAGUGUGUGGGUGUGUUUGUAUGUAUGUGUUUACUUGAUUAUGCGUGUUUUCAGAGGAGCCCCUAGCUCCCUGAAAGACAGAGGCCAACCAGAGAGAAGCCCUCAGAGGACUUAAGCUGGAACCGAAUCAUAUUCACACAGAACAUUUUCACCCGUUUGGCACUAAAUCUGCAUUUUUAAGAGAGAACUAAAAUCAUAUUGUGGGAAUCCAGAGGAAAUAAGGGAGAGAGCGCAGGCCUUUUGUGAGAUCACUACUGUUUGAUUGCUGCCAGUGAUUGAUUUUUAUUGGGUGCACAGUACAGAAUGUUGUGAUCCUUUCAUACAUGGCUAGGUUGUUGUCAAAGUCUAGAUUCACGUUGCACUUUAACCAAGAGUAUUAACAACCUCCAAACUUAGUCAGCAAGCAGAUAGUGGGCAUGAUACCGGAAUAAGCCUACAGUUAGUUUACUUUCUUUUUUGACUGCCUGGGUUAUCAGAGAGUGCACUGCAACGAAAAAUGAUAUAUUCAGGGCUUUACAUUAGUUUUAAUUUUUAUGCAUUCAUGUUAUAUGUGGGGAAGCUCUGCACAAAUGUUUGACAGGCCAUUGUAAAGGAGCACCGGAGGCAAAUCAGACAAAGUGAAUUGUAUGUAAAGUGUAUUAUGUUGACUGUGCAUUACUCAGAAGAGACAGUAGGGGUCCUUCUCUCUCUCUGCUUCUGUCUGUCUGGCAGUGCACCAGUACAACGCUGGCCAUUAGUCUGGCUCUGAGCGCUCCCCCUGGACUUUACAAUCGCCCUGUAAUUUAGAUGGCCUUUCCACACAGGACCAUAUUUCUCUCUGUAACCUGUACGUCGAUGUACUGCUACACCACACGUCCACUCCACAAUUUGUAAGAGUAAGAUGAUAGGUCUGUCCAGCGAGAUAGGCUACUCAGAUCAUUCAACAUGAGAGAAAUAUAGACCAUUGUAGACUUUUACUAAGGGCUUUUUAGUAAAUGAUAAUGUAGUAACUGCUAAAUAAUACAAGAAUGUAGUCUAUUGUCCAUCUAAAUGGGUUGAAAAUGUCAUAAAACUAACUCAUGCAAUAACAACAGUGAUUUAAUAAAGAUUCAGCCAGCCAUUGUUAUUUCACUUUUAACUGAUGAUGUAAUAGUAGUAAUAGUAUCGACAACCACCCAAUUAAAAGGAUGAAAAUUCGAGUAAUUACAUUAUGAAACAAUAUUAUUAUUACAGCAUCGUUUAGAAGAUAUAUUACACUACAUGUGAAUCAGUGGUUAAUGCAAUAAUGUGAUGUUACAUUAUUGCACAGUUUACUACAUUGGUAGGUUUUAUUACAUGGUUGACACAAUUAGAAGCACAUUUGACAAGCCCUUAUACAAUGUGGCAGAUAUUAUAUUAUCAGAUGCAACAUGCUUUUACAGGAUGAGUCCUGGCUAUCAGCUUGUUCAUAUGGAUGGAGCUUAGUAUGAGAAUAUGAACUAUAUUUUUGUCAUUUGCAAGCAGGAGAAGACAACAGCAUAAGUGGCUCUAAACAAGCGCAUUAUAAUCGUGGUGGUGUUCGGCGCCGGCCAUUUUUGAUGAUUGAUGAGCUUCAGCAGACCAUGGUGAGCAUGUAAAGGAGGUUUAAUUGAAUGUGUUGAGCCUUGAACUGAUUGAGUGAAUGUUCAAUCCUAGAGGCUUACUGUAUUCCCCAGGAUUCAUGUCUGUUUACUAGACCAUGCCUGACAUUGAUAUGGUUCAUUGUCUGGUACAUUGUCUGAUCUGCCUGAUAAUCAUGUCUGCGCUCUCUCUCUAGCCCCUCUCUUUCUCUGACUCUCUCUGAGGUCCAGUGUUACUUCCACUUUAUUUAUUUCAUUAGGAUACGAUAUUAAACCAAUUCAGCAUCUGAUAGGGUUUGGCUUUCAAAGAGUCUUGCCAGUAACAAGAUGAAGACUGAUAAACCGCAGAUCAUUUGACAUUUGAAAUGUAAAAUUCAAGACAAAGUUGUUUGGUUACGUCGCUUACUGCAAUAAAUUGUAACAUAUUCUUUUAAAUAAAUUGAUUUAUUGAU